AUGGUUCUUGAUAGUUUCCAAGAAGUUGAUCAAUGGAUGCUACUCUUAUCAAGAAGUGGAAUCAGGGAACUCAGUCUUACUAAUUCAAAUUCAAAUGAAGGUUAUGAACUUCCUUCUUAUGUGUUUCGUUGUCUAGAAUUGACAAAGUUGAAACUUUGGAGCUGGUUCUGCAAGCAACCACUCAUGUUUGAAGGAUUUCCCAAUAUUGAACAUCUUCGACUCUUCCAUAUUAACUUUGGGGCUAACUUGUAUGGAACUCAGAUGAACUUACCACAACUUAAGGUGUUGGAGAUGUAUGUGUGCACACAUGUUUACAAUUUCAACGUCAAGGCCACAAAGCUGCAGAGUUUGACUGUUUUCCCUUGUCCAGAUGCCAGGUUGCUCAAAUUAUUGAACAGUCCAUGCAUUAAUUAUCUUUGUAUAUCUAUCCAUGAACCCACAAAGGAUUUGGCACCAGUCGAAAGAAUACAUUUGGCAAGGAUGUUAAGUAAAUUUCCCAGAAUUAGAAAUCUUUAUAUCAAUGAUGGUUUUCUUAAGUAUGCCAUCAAAGAAAAUAUUCCAAAGUGGCUUCCACAAGCAGUUAAUAGUUUAAAGCGUUUGUCCUUGAAUAUUCAACUUGGUGAACUGUGUCAACUUCAUGCUGUUUUAUGUUUGCUUCGAAACUCACCAAACAUGGAAAGUCUGUCGAUCAUGAUUUGCAGAAGGCACCCAGGAGUUGACGUGGGACCAGCUUCGAAUCAUUUGGAAACCCCAAUCUGUUUGGACUGUACAUUAAUUCAGCUGCAAACUGUGGAGAUAACAUGGUUAGGAGGAUCAAGAGUGCAACUGCUUUUUAUAAGGCUUCUUCUUGUUCAUUCGCCUUCUCUUAAGAAGUUUAUAAUCACACCGUAUAAAAGGUGUGAUGCUCAAAAAAGACUUGACAUUGGUAAGGAUGUUAUGCAAUUCCCUCGAGCCUCACCAAAAGCAGAAAUAAUCUACUUGAAUCCCACGUCAUACUCCUGUAAGAAUGCUCAAAAACAUGGCAGUUUAGCUCUACAUUUUCAUCCUUACAAGCAUAUUCAGAUCAUCUUUCUUUUCUUGAUUUGUUUUUUCGUGGAUUAUUUGUUAAAGAAAUGCCCAAUACGAUUAAUUUUUUUGGCAUUCAUAUUACUACAUGUCCAAAAUCACCAUCCUUGCAAACUAACUGUUUUAUGUCGUUUUCACAAAAAUGAUGCCCUCUUCUUCCCCAAAGCCCUACUCUAG